UUGAAAAGUUUCCAACUAACUGAAAGACCAAGAACCCGGUUGAUCCCCAAGCCGACUGUUAGCUGCCAUCCAUCGCGGUUGGCCAAAGAAGCUUUCAUCCUGCAAAUAUGCUCGUCGUCAAUCCAAAACGUUGCGCGGAACUUGCUUGCAAGCAUACGCCGGCGAGAAUCCUCAUCCCAAUGCGACGGAUGGCUUCCUAUGGUUUCCAGAAGCGAAUCCUCUAGCUCUCUAUUCUCCUCUAUCAACGUUUUUUCGUGGCACGUAGGGGAUUUCUCGAUCAAGCUCAGGUCCUGGCCUCCGGAUCUGGAAAUCGAAGGCCACGAUUUCACAAAAUGGUUGAAAGCAAAUCCGUCAGCCGCCACAUGCCGAAACUCAAAACAGAUGCAGACGCCGGAGCUCGGAAAUAGAGUGACCUUCACGGAGAGAAGCGGGAAUAAGGUUUCGCCCAGGGAGACCAUCAUGUUGGUGAGGAAGGGGGAGCCGGCGAGGCUCGGGAUGGUUGUGCGGCGGAGGUCGGUGAACUAGUGGGAGAAGUCCACCGACGGUGGUGAAGGGAUAAACCCAACGGGGUUUUGAUGAUAAGCUUUUAAGUUCUUUUUUAUUUUUUAAUAGUUGGACAUGAAGUGAUGUGGAAAUUUUAAAUAAUUUAAAUUUAUUUUUUUAAUUGUCACGUCAUAUAUUUAACGGUCAACUAGGAGAGUUGACCGCCACAUCAGCAAAAGUUAACGGAGUUGGACGGAGAGUGACCAAACUUGAAAUGUUUAACUAAUUUAAGUGAUCACGAAUGGAAUUAAAUAUUUUUAGUGACU